AUGGAGCAACCUCGGACUCGGCCAAGACUCGCCAGUCUAUCCGAUUUCCCUCCGGAGGUGUUGUCCGCUAUCUUCUGCAAGCUUCCAAUCGAAUCGAUCCUCACCUGCAAAUGUGUGUGCAAGCCAUGGAAUGGACUGAUCGAAGAUCGGCAAUUCGCAAGACAGCAUCUUCUUGGAGAGUCCGAGCGGGCGACCCAACUCUUGGUCCAGCCGUACUGGCCUGACCAGGACGAUGAUGAUGAAGUGGACCACCAUUUAUGCCUGGUCGAUGUCGACGGCCGACUGUCUCGAAGAAUUCCGGUGGAUGACUUCAAUGUCAAGAGGGUGGAUCUAAUGGGGACGUGCCAUGGGUUGGUCGCCGUGGCCAGCACUAUGUUUCUUGACCUUGUACUCGUGUGCAAUCCGGUGAAUAGAGAGACCGUGAGACUGCCUAUUCUCUGGAGCAAGGUCGUGCCGUACAACCACCGUGUCGGGCUCGGGUACGACUCAUCCAUACAGAAGUACAAGGUGCUACGGACGUACGCGGAAGGAAGUGUCAGAUCAUUCGAGUCCGCAACUGUAGGAACUAAUGAACUCUGGAGAAAGAUAGAGACGCCGUACGAGGACUUGGGGACGUCCCGGGUCUCCAGGCCAGUGUUCUGGAACGGGGCAAUCCAUUGGAAGGUCAAGCCGCGCAAUCGGCCCCUCGAAGCGCCAUGGAUUCUGGCAUAUGAUAUCAUCAACGAGACAUUUCAAAGAAUUCAUUUGCCACAAAUCAUGAAAUUUGAGUUGGUCGUUGUGAGAGGAUCCUUAAUUGUAAUCGAGCACCAGAAGGAGAAAAUGAGAGUAUAUGAGGUGAAAGGAGAACGUGUCGGGGAAUUCGAGGUGAUCUUCGUAGAGGAGCACGACACGCAUGUCACGUGGAACAUGUAUCACUACUACAACGUUAUCGACCGAUCGGAAGACAAGGAAAGCUAUCUGCUCGAAAUAACAGCCUGCUACGGAGAGAGCGCCGACAUGAGAGAACAUUUCACCCAAUUUCUCCCAAAAUUGGCGAAUUAUUCUUACCGAGAUAUUACUGGGCUACCUCGGAAUUUCACUACUACAGCCAACUAUAGGCCCAGCUUAAUUUCUCCUACCGGGAUAAAUUAA